GAAAGAGUUGCAGUUUAUAUUUCGAAUACGAACGAGUAAGAAAGGAGAAGGAAAGAAGGAAAAGAAACAUAAAUGUGCAGGAGGUUCAACGACGCGUGAACGAUAAGAAAAGAAGACGGGUUGAGUUGUUCGAUCGACGAUAACGUUGUCGACAUUGUUCUCUUCUUCUUCUUCUUCUUCUUCUUCUUCUUCUUCUCUUCUUGGUCAUCAUCAUCAUCAUCAUCAUCAUCAUCAUAAUCGUCGCGUGUUGCAGUUGUCAAACAAAAUUGUGCUUUGUGCGUUAAAGGUAUUCUAUAAAAUUAUAUUACAAAGCAGUAAAGAGAGAGUUUGUUGAUCGAAAAAGAAGAAAGGAAGAGGAAGAAUUCUUCGUUGUUCUCGUUUAUGAAGAAGAAGAAAAGAAGAAGAAGAGGAAGAAGAAGAAAAAGAUAGUGGAAGGGGGUUGUGGAUAAAGUAAACGGGCUUCUCUAGAUAACGGCAUAGUUCAACAACGGUAUUCGGAUCUCGAGGCGCGAAGCUAAGAAGAAUAAUUCUGAUUGGUAGCCGGCGACGCGCCGCUUUCCGGUCCGAUUUCCGGUCUCGACAUUCAGCCGCGAAUUGCAGCACGCGCGCGCAACCUCUCAUGCACUCUGCGCGUGUGUGUAAUGUGUGUGUCUCUAAACCGAUUCUCUUUUUAUGUUUUACUUAAUUAUUAUUAAUAUUUAUUCAAGAAAAAUAUAAAUUUAAGGAACCAGGAAAGGAGAUAAAAAUACGAGAAUAAGAAAAGCAACGCAACGCAACGCAACGCAACGACAACUGCAACGCGAAUAAUUCACGCACCACUGUGUGGUUUCCAUUUUCGUUUUGUAUUAUUAUUAAAAUUUAUACAAAAUAAACGAAAACUAAAGAGAGAAAUAGAGAGAAGAAACAGAGAAGGAGAAAAAGAAAGAAAGAAAUAAGACAAGAAUAAGAACAGCAAACAACAACUGCAGCGCGCACAUUCACGCACUGUGCGUUAACCGGUUCCGUUUUGAAUUAUUUACGUUUAUAGAAGAAAAAAAGGAAAGAAAGAAAAAAAAGAAAAAAAGGGGAAGAAGAAGAAGAAGAGUAACGCCAUUUUGUAUCGUUAUUAGUAUUUUAAAUGAAUAGAAUAUAAAUAGAUUUUGAAUGAAAGAUUCCAAUAGAAUCCAAUAGAAUAUAACGCUGGCUAUAUCAGUUCAAUGUGGUCGUAUGCAAAUUAAUUAAUAUGAUAUAAAUAAAAUAUAAAAUAAAAAAAAGAAAAAAAAGAGGAAUUAGUAAGAGAUAUAAGAAGAUUGAAAUAGGAGAGGUGGUCAGAGAAAACGUGAUCGUCGUUAAAACAUGAUCGUUUGAAUUUGAUCGUCGUUUCCAAUUUCGCCAAGCAUAAAAUUAUUCGACAAAGUUAUUCGCCGAGUUAAUACGAGAGGAUUAUAUAUUCGAACGUUUCGUAAAAUCGUCUUUUUUUUAUAUCCCUUUACUUUCUUCUUAUCCUUUUCUCGUAAAGAGAAUAUAUUUAUUAUCGAGAAUGCGUACGUUAUGGUCGAGUUUGAAAAGAUCUCGUCCAUCUUUGUUUAACGCGGCUUCUAUGUCGCGCAAAAAGCUUUUCGUCAAUGGUAACGUAAAUGAUAAAAAUAAAAUGGAUAUCAAAAAGAAAUCGGACAUAUCAUCGGGAAAGUCUUACGUCGAAAGAAAAUAUGUAACUUCGAUUACAACAAACUCGGCAGUUAUUUUAAGGGAACCACCGAAACCCAAAGGUUUCCCGUUAUUUGGUACAAUAUUUGAAUUCUUAAAUACCGGUGGUGCGAAGAUGCUUCACGAAUACGUCGAUCGUAGGCACAAAGAAUUAGGACCGAUUUAUAGGGAACGUAUCGGCCCGGUAAUGGUAGUUUUUGUUAACUCACCCCAGGAAUAUCGAAGAAUUUUUAGGCUCGAAGGACCAACGCCUAAACAUUUUCUUCCGGAGGCUUGGCUUAUUUAUAAUGAGCUUAGAUCUUUGGAACGAGGAUUGCUUUUCAUGAACGGAGAAGAAUGGCUAAAAUAUCGGCGAAUAUUAAACAAGGUGAUGCUGUUAUCAGAUCCAACGGACAUGUUUGUUGGUCCAUGUCAAAAGGCUGCUGAGGGAUUAGUAGAAAAAUGGAUAACUCAACAUAAUAGUGAUGAUACGUUAUCCCAAUUGGAAACUCAACUAUAUCAAUGGUCAAUCGAAGCAAUGUUGGCAACUUUAAUGGGAUCCACAUGGCAUCAACAUAAAUCAGUAAUAUCACGUUAUUCUGAAAACUUAGCUAAAUCGUUGCACAAAAUAUUCGAAUAUACAGCUGAGUUAUCAGUAUUACCGGCAAAAUUAGCAAAAACCUUGAGACUACCUUCCUGGAAUAAAUUCGUUGAGUCUGCAGAUUCGGCAUUAAGUAUCGUUCGAACAUUGGUACCGGAAAUGGUUCACCUUGGUGGUGAUGGUCUACUGCAGACGAUGAUGAACGAAGGAAUUCGGGACGAUGAUCUUGUUAGGAUAGUCACUGACUUUAUUAUUGCGGCUGGAGAUACGACAGCUUUCUCCACUCAAUGGAUGUUAUUUUUACUUGGUAAUGAUACCAAAUUGCAAGACAAGUUGUACGAAUCUAUUCAAAAUUUAUCAUCCAAGGAAAUAUUACGUAAUUCCUUGAUUAAAGGAGUUAUUAAGGAAACCCUUAGGCUAUACCCAAUAGCUCCAUUUAUUACGAGAUAUUUGCCAGAGGAUAAUGUCAUUGGUGGAUAUUUUGUACCUAAAGGGGAAUUAAUUUUACUUUCAUUGUAUUCGAGUAGCAGAGAUCCCAUUAAUUUUCCACGACCGAACGAAUUUUAUCCAGAAAGAUGGAUACGAACAGAAAAUGGUAAUUAUCAGGACGUAGUUAAUCCUCAUGCUAAUAUACCAUUCGCUUUAGGAGCAAGAAGUUGCGUAGGUCGUAAACUCGCUGAAAUUCAAAUAUCUCUUGUAUUGGCCGAGCUUGUUCGUACUUUCAAAAUAAAAUGUAUGAAUAAAGACGAAGUGAAAUUGAUAUUGCACUUGAUAUCCGUACCGUCUAAACCAAUAAAGCUUAAAUUAAUUAAGAGAAACUUUACGAUUCAGAAAAAUUUCCUUCGAGCAUAGCGGAAAAAGCAUCUGACUUUUGACACAAGGUUUUUCUACAUGCGUCAACCGUUG